CAAAAAAUUGAAUCAUGAAGCUUACAAUUUGUUUCCUUGUGUUGAUAUCCUGUUUUUAUGGAUUAUCUGCAUCGAAUGAAAUACAAAGUGUUGUAAAUGGUUUAGACAAAGCAAUUAAUGAAUUAAAAAACGCUGGAAAUAAUUUUUCAAAAUCUGUAGCAAAUAAAUCGCAUGGACUUGUAGGUAAAAUUAAAGAUUCUGUUGAAAAAGUUGUACAACAAUUUGGACAACAUGAGGCAAAUACAUUAAACAAAAUCAAAAAUUUUAUCAAUACACACCAUUUGGAUGCCAAGCAUGCAAAAUGUAUAGAAGAACAAUCAAAACCAAUUAUCGGUAAAGUUAAAGAAAUUACUGAAGAAGUUCACACUGCAAUCAAUUUCGUAUCCCAAACCGAAAAUGAGGCUGCCAAAUGUAGUGGACAAGGAAAAUUUAAAGGAGCAUUGUGCUAUUCUAAAUUAGGGGCCCAAACUGUGGCAAAAUCUAUACCCUUAAUUAAAAAAGAUAAAGAUACUGUCGAACAUCUUAUACCAUUAAUUAAUAAUUUACAAAAAUGUCAUUAAGAUACAUACUGUUGUUACGACUUACAAACUUCAUAAUGUAAACAAAAACUUCUAAAGUAAAUUUCAGAAAAUUAUUGCUUGUAAUAUAUUCUAGAUACAAAUAAAAAUAUUU